AGCCGCCUCUAAACCCACCUUCCACGCACUCCCUCUCCACUCUGGUCCCCCCAGGCGAUGCCGUACUCAGAGAGGGGGUACCGCAUAUUCAUCCGCUUUUGAGGCGCCUCCAAGCCCCGCCCCACCCUCUCGUGCCACCAGCAUACUCGGAGGGGCGGUACCGCAUAUUCGGGGAGACCAUCGACAUCGCGGUGGGCAACUGUCUGGACCGCUUCGCCCGUGUGCUCAACAUCUCCAACGACCCCAGCCCGGGCUACAACAUCGAGCAGAUAGACUGCUUCGCACGUGUGCUAGGCAUCUCCAAUGACCCCAGCCCCGGCUACAACAUCGAACAGGUGAGGAUGGGUGUGCGGAUAGGUUCUGGUAGCGCUCUGGGGAAAGAGGUGGAAAGAUUGGGAGCAGGGAAGAACGCCCGGCUGUGUGCAGCCCACAGCCGUAGAUGGCUGCUCCCUCCUCCCACAACUAUGGUGUGGUGGAUGGCCGCUCCCUCCUCCCACAACUAUGGUGUGGUGGAUGGCCGCUCCCUCCUCCCACAACUAUGGUGUGGUGGAUGGCCGCUCCCUCCUCCCACAACUAUGGUGUGGUGGAUGGCCGCUCCCUCCUCCCACAACUAUGGUGUGGUGGAUGGCCGCUCCCUCCUCCCACAACUAUGGUGUGGUGGAUGGCCGCUCCCUCCUCCCACAACUAUGGUGUGGUGGAUGGCCGCUCCCUCCUCCCACAACUAUGGUGUGGUGGAUGGCCGCUCCCUCCUCCCACAACUAUGGUGUGGUGGAUGGCCGCUCCCUCCUCCCACAACUAUGGUGUGGUGGAUGGCCGCUCCCUCCUCCCACAACUAUGGUGUGGUGGAUGGCCGCUCCCUCCUCCCACAACUAUGGUGUGGUGGAUGGCCGCUCCCUCCUCCCACAACUAUGGUGUGGUGGAUGGCCGCUCCCUCCUCCCACAACUAUGGUGUGGUGGAUGGCCGCUCCCUCCUCCCACAAGUAUGGUGUGGUGGAUGGCCGCUCCCUCCUCCCACAACUAUGGUGUGGUGGAUGGCCGCUCCCUCCUCCCACAACUAUGGUGUGGUGGAUGGCCGCUCCCUCCUCCCACAACUAUGGUGUGGUGGAUGGCCGCUCCCUCCUCCCACAACUAUGGUGUGGUGGAUGGCCGCUCCCUCCUCCCACAACUAUGGUGUGGUGGAUGGCCGCUCCCUCCUCCCACAACUAUGUUACGUUCGGCAGCCCGCUUCCUCCCCCCUCCCUUCCCCUCCCUCACCGCGGCGCAUCCCGCCGACGAGGGCGGACGCGACCACCGCGGCGCAUCCCGCCGACGAGGGCGGACGCGACCACCGCGGCGCAUCCCGCCGACGAGGGCGGACGCGACCACCGCGGCGGAUUCCGCCGACGAGGGCGGACGCGACCACCGCGGCGCAUCCUGCCGACGAGGGCGGACGCGACCACCGCGGCGCAUCCCGCCGACGAGGGCGGACGCGACCACCGCGGCGCAUCCCGCCGACGAGGGCGGACGCGACCACCGCGGCGCAUCCCGCCGACGAGGACGGACGCGACCACCGCGGCGGAUUCCGCCGACGAGGGCGGACGCGACCACCGCGGCGGAUUCCGCCGACGAGGACGGACGCGACCAUCGCGGCGAUUUCCGCCGACGGACGGACACCCGCGGGCGACGAGGCGCAUCCGCGGACGGACGUGCACCCGCGGGCGACGAGGCGCAUCCGCGGACAGACGCGCACCCGCGGGCGACGAGGCGCAUCCGCGGACAGACGCGCACCCGCGGGCGACGAGGCGCACCCGCGGUCGUACGCGCACCCGCGGGCGACGAGGCGCAUCCGCGGACGGACGCGCACCCGCGGGCGACGAGGCGCAUCCGCGGACAGACGCGCACCCGCGGGCGACAAGGCGCAGCCGCGGACGGAUGCGCACCCGCGGUCGACGAGGCGCAGCCGCGAACGAACGCGCACCCGUGGGCGAACAGGCGCAUCCGCGGGCGACACAAACGCAGCUGCGGGUAACCCGGCGCCGCCGCACGCAACAUGA